ACGACUCAUCCACCAUGGCCGAUAUGGACGUUGACCAUCCCCCCGCCGAAUCCGCCAUCAAGACAAAGGGCGACAAGCAGCGAUUCGAAGUAAAGAAGUGGAAUGCUGUAAGCCUGUGGGCAUGGGACAUCGUCGUCGAGAACUGUGCCAUCUGCAGGAACCACAUCAUGGAUCUCUGCAUUGAUUGCCAGGCAAACCAGGUUUCGGCAUCGACAGAAGAGUGCAACGCAGCCUGGGGUAUCUGCAACCAUGCCUUCCACUUCCACUGCAUCUCCCGCUGGCUCAAGACCCGCAACGUCUGCCCGCUUGACAACCGCGAGUGGGAGCUCCAGAAGUAUGGCCGGUAAGCGCACGGCUUACGCGUACACACCGCAUCCUCGUGUAUCAUAUAAUGUACCAAUGACAUGCCUGCAUUCUC